AUGGCAUCGCCUUCGGCUUCUUUAGACGACGUCAAGCUGACUGCUGACGGCAAGAUUUGCCUCGAUGAUCCUGCCGAGUUCCUCAAGAGAAAGCCAAAGAAGAGCAUUCUGAAGAUGAAACAAGACUCGUCGCUCGAGGGCAAAGACGGUCGCGCGCACUUCGACGAGAUGAACAUCCUUGCCACGUAUCAUCCUGUCGACAAAGACUACGGGAGUAUGAAAGUGAGCAUAUUCGGAAACGAAACAGAAUAAAACUGAUUUUUUUCCAGAUUGACGAACCGAAGACUCCUUACCAUCAUUCUGAUGGCGAGAGUGAAUGCGGCGACGAAGGACUCGGGGCCCCAUCGACCCGCGCGAGAAGAGUGUCCCUCGGAAACGCGGUUGAUCCGGAGAAGCUGGCCGAAGGGCUCGUCCACCCAGAGGCGACCAGACCAAUCUCGUCGGGUGAAAAUUCCGAAGACGACGAGGAUCUGACUGAAGAGCAGAGAGGUAGCCACUAAGUUUCAUAGUAUUCCGUCAUUCUUGUGAUUUACAGCCCAUCGAAACGAGUUCGAGAAGAAGCGUCGUGCGCAUUACAACGAGGGAGCCGCUCUGAAAAUGCACAAGGACCUGGAUGUGGAAGAGGAGGAGGACGAGAGCAAGAUGGAGCACUAG